CCGUAGCAACCAGGAGCAGGGCUGCUCAGGGAGAGCAGAGGAGGCUGGGCCAGGAAAGGCGCGCACUGGUGGCCUACCCAGAAGUUGGCCUAAACCUCUACAUCAGGUCACCCUCCUCCAAGUGAGCGGACCCCGCUGGAAUUGGAGCCCAGUAAGGUCUAUGAGUUUGGUGUUGCGAUCCUGGCUACCCACCCCUUCCAUCCCAGGGGCUGGCUCACCAGGCUGACUGGAGUCUUAGACUAGAGAGAGAGGAAGCUCAAGAACUGAGCUCCAGGGACUGUGAGGGGCGCUUCUGACUUUGGACGUGAGCACCGCCUGGGACCUGUGCUGAGAGAGCGCGAGCAUGUCUCAGUGGAAUCAAGUCCAACAGUUAGAAAUCAAGUUUUUGGAGCAGGUGGAUCAAUUCUAUGAUGACAACUUUCCUAUGGAAAUUCGGCAUCUGCUGGCCCAGUGGAUUGAAAAUCAAGACUGGGAGGCAGCUUCUAACAAUGAAACCAUGGCAACAGUUCUUCUACAAAACUUGUUAAUACAACUGGAUGAACAGUUAGGUCGUGUUUCCAAAGAGAAAAACCUACUCUUGAUACACAAUCUAAAAAGAAUUAGGAAAAUCCUUCAGGGAAAAUUUCAUGGAAAUCCAAUGCAUGUAGCUGUGGUUAUUUCGAACUGUUUAAGGGAAGAGAGGAGAAUAUUGGCCGCAGCCAAUAUGCCUGUCCAGACACUCUUUUUCCAGGGGCCUCUAGAGAAAUCCUUACAAAAUUCUUCAGUUUCAGAAAGACAGAGGAGUGUGGAACACAAAGUGGCUGCCAUUAAAAACAGUGUGCAGAUGACAGAACAAGAUACCAAGUACUUAGAAGACCUGCAAGAUGAAUUUGACUACAGGUAUAAAACAAUUCAGACAAUGGUGAAAAGAAAAAUACAAGGGAACCAAGUUAUUGGUGAAGAUGAGAAAGGUUACCUAAAGAAGUUUUCAGUUGCCAAAAUGCUGUAUCAGAGUGACAAGAAUAGUGCCAUGAUGAAUCAGGAAGUUUUGACACUGCAGGAAAUGCUUAACAGCCUCGAUUUCAAGAGAAAGGAGGCUCUCAGUAAGAUGACCCAAAUCAUCCAUGAGACGGACCUGUUGAUGAACAACAUGCUCAUCGAAGAGCUGCAGGACUGGAAGCGGCGGCAGCAGAUCGCCUGCAUCGGGGGUCCGCUCCACAACGUGCUCAACCAGCUGCAGAACUGCUUUACACUAUUGGCAGAAAGUCUUUUCCAACUCAGACGGCAGUUGGAGAAACUAGAGGAGCAAUCUACCAAAAUGACAUAUGAAGGUGAUCCCAUUCCGAUGCAAAGAACUCACAUGCUAGAAAGAGUCACCUUCUUGAUCUACAACCUUUUCAAGAACUCGUUUGUGGUUGAGCGACAGCCAUGUAUGCCAACCCACCCUCAGAGGCCGCUGGUACUUAAAACCCUAAUUCAGUUCACUGUAAAACUAAGACUACUAAUAAAAUUACCAGAACUAAACUAUCAGGUAAAGGUUAAAGCAUCAAUUGACAAGAAUGUUUCAACUCUAAGCAACCGAAGAUUUGUGCUUUGUGGAACUAACGUCAAAGCCAUGUCUAUUGAAGAAUCUUCCAAUGGGAGUCUCUCGGUAGAAUUUCGACAUUUGCAACCAAAGGAAAUGAAGUCCAGUGCUGGAGGUAAAGGAAACGAGGGGUGUCACAUGGUGACGGAAGAACUUCAUUCCAUAACCUUUGAAACACAGAUCUGCCUCUAUGGCCUGACCAUGGAUUUGGAGACCAACUCAUUGCCUGUGGUGAUGAUUUCCAAUGUCAGUCAGUUACCUAAUGCUUGGGCAUCCAUCAUUUGGUACAACGUGUCAACCAACGAUUCCCAGAACUUGGUUUUCUUUAAUAAUCCUCCACCUGCCACAUUGAGUCAACUACUGGAGGUGAUGAGCUGGCAGUUUUCGUCGUAUGUUGGUCGUGGCCUUAAUUCAGAUCAACUCAAUAUGCUGGCAGAGAAGCUUACAGGCCAUUCUAGCUACAGUGAUGGUCACCUCACCUGGGCCAAGUUCUGCAAGGAACAUUUACCUGGUAAAUCAUUUACCUUUUGGACAUGGCUUGAAGCAAUAUUGGAUCUAAUUAAGAAACACAUUCUUCCCCUUUGGAUUGACGGGUAUGUCAUGGGCUUUGUUAGCAAAGAGAAAGAACGGCUCUUGCUAAAGGAUAAAAUGCCUGGUACCUUUUUAUUAAGAUUCAGUGAAAGCCAUCUCGGAGGAAUAACUUUCACCUGGGUGGACCAUUCUGAAAAUGGGGAAGUGAGAUUCCACUCUGUAGAACCCUACAAUAAAGGCCGAUUGUCUGCUCUGCCAUUCCCUGACAUCCUGCGAGACUACAAAGUUAUCAUGGCUGAAAACAUUCCUGAAAACCCUCUGAAGUACCUAUAUCCUGACAUUCCCAAAGACAAAGCCUUCAGUAAACACUACAGCUCCCAGCUUGGUGAAGUUUCAAGACCAACAGAAAGAGGAGACAAAGGUUAUGUUCCUUCUGUUUUUAUCCCCAUCUCAACAAUCCGAAGUGAUUCAACGGAGCCACAAUCUCCAUCAGACCUUCUUCCCAUGUCUCCAAGUGUGUAUGCGGUGCUGAGAGAAAACCUGAGUCCCACAACAAUUGAAACUGCAAUGAAGUCUCCUUAUUCUGCUGAAUGACAGGAUAAACUGACACACCAAGAAAGGAAGCAAAUGAAAAAGUUUAAAGACUGUUGUCUGCCCAACGACCGCAUUUUAUUUCUUCAGCUUUGUAAAUACCGGGUUCUAGGAAAUGUUUGACAUCUGAAGCUCUCUUCUCACUGUCAUGGCACCCCCCAGUUGGGAGUGUUGUGACUGAAAUGCUAGAAACCAAAGUUUCAGAUAAACUUGCAAGAUAAGACAACUUUAAGAAACCAGUGUGAAUAACAAUAUUAACAGA